AUGUUACACCACCAUUGUCGAAGGAAUCCUGAACUCCAGGAAGAACUGCAGAUUCAAGCAGCAGUGGCCGCCGGCGAUGUCCACACUGUGCGGAAGAUGCUAGAGCAAGGCUAUUCUCCAAAUGGCCGAGAUGCUAAUGGGUGGACCCUUCUUCAUUUCUCUGCUGCAAGAGGGAAAGAGAGAUGUGUCCGAGUAUUUCUAGAACAUGGAGCUGAUCCCACAGUGAAGGACUUAAUUGGAGGCUUCACUGCUCUUCAUUAUGCAGCUAUGCAUGGCCGGGCCCGGAUCGCACGCUUGAUGUUGGAAUCUGAGUACAGGAGUGACAUCAUUAAUGCCAAAAGCAAUGAUGGCUGGACUCCCCUCCACGUGGCAGCUCACUAUGGAAGAGACUCGUUUGUCCGACUCCUGCUGGAGUUCAAGGCCGAGGUUGACCCACUCAGCGAUAAAGGCACAACACCACUUCAACUUGCCAUUAUCCGAGAGCGGUCAAGCUGUGUGAAAAUCCUUUUGGACCACAAUGCCAACAUUGACAUUCAGAAUGGCUUCCUGCUACGUUAUGCUGUGAUUAAAAGCAACCACUCUUAUUGCCGCAUGUUUCUUCAGAGAGGAGCAGACACAAACUUGGGUCGCUUGGAAGAUGGACAGACUCCUUUGCACUUGUCUGCCCUGCGGGAUGACGUGCUUUGUGCCCGAAUGUUAUAUAAUUACGGAGCAGAUACGAACACACGGAACUAUGAAGGGCAGACCCCAUUGGCUGUUUCAAUAAGUAUUUCUGGAAGUAAUCGACCAUGUUUGGAUUUCUUACAGGAAGUAACAAGGCAGCCCAGAAACUUGCAGGACCUGUGCCGAAUUAAAAUCCGACAAUGUAUAGGCCUUCAAAACCUAAAGCUACUUGAUGAACUACCAAUUGCCAAGGUCAUGAAAGACUACUUAAAACACAAAUUUGAUGAUAUCUGA